AUGGCACUUUUGCCAUGGGAGGCGUCAACCCGCAUCCGGAUCAUUGCAGAGGGCCAGUCGCCAACACUGAACUGGGACACAACCGCCGAGCGCGCUGAACGAAAGAAGCGGGGCAAUCCACUCGCACCCCUGCGCAAAACAUUCUACCAGAGGAUCUGGUGUGUGAAGCACUUGGCGCGCCGUCCCCACUUCUGCGGGACAGCGACGUUCAGCUCGUACGACGAGCUGGACACCAUCAUGACCGUGAUCAACAGCUGCACCAUCGACUCGCUCGAGAUAGUGUUACGACGCGGAGGGCGCUUCCUCAGUGCCGAGGCGUUUAUCGACCAGUUUGUCAAGCGGCUCGAGAUACCCGUCCGCCGACUCACCUUCCGGUCCCGUUCCUCCUCGCUGCGGCUGAACGACCUCGAGGUAUCGACAUCCGCUAUAGAACGAUACAUGGCCAAGCCUCAGAUCAUGCAGCGAGCCGAGGUCUGUCUGGUGGGGCAUGCCACACCAGGCGCGGAAAAGGCCAUGAGGAGGUACCAGACGUGUCACUGGAUCCUCACUUACCCUGGCGAUACGAAGAAGAAGCUGCAGUUCGGCAGGUACGCUCUGUACACCCGCUGCCCGAACCCAGACGUCAGGAAGGCCGCCAUGCGCGCUCUGGUCACGGCACGGGUCCUGCUCCUCGCCAAGCGCGGCGAGCGCACAGGCAUCGCCGACCUGCCGACCGACCUGAUCCACGACAUUCUCCGCGCGAGCGUCUGGACCCCGCCACAGCUCACCGCCAAGAUGUGGGGUGUGAUCCUUCGCCAUGCAGAGGACCGGGAAGCGUUCACAACCCUCGCGCGCGAGGUCGAUCGUAUCGCCCCCCGUCGUGGUCCUUACCACAAGUCGAACAUGUAUGUCAAUGGCCCCAAGGUGAACCGCCGGGCGAAGGUCUUCUGCGAGUGGAUGUACAACGGCGGGUUUUGGGCCAGACUGGAAGAGCCAGCUAAGUAG